AUGUUACAAACUAAAGAGAGGUUGAAAGAAUUCAGAGUAAAGAAUACUGCCAGUCUCACAGAAGGAGAAUCGGUAGUGGAUGAAGGAGAAGCGGAAAGCAUAACUGAUCCAAAUCCUCCGACUGCGAAUUCAACUGGGAUUUUGUCGCUUUUAGAUAUCGACUUGCUUGAUAGCGCGCCUUUUCGAUUGUGGCGUCGGUGCUAUGAGAAUGAUUCAAGAAAAACUCUAGCUACAACUUUGAUAGCUUAUGUGCUUGGUCAGCUAUACUUUUUCUGGAUGGAGUUUGGGGCAGUGUUUUUUGUUUUUUCUUUGUUAUGUGCCAUUUGUCUCUCUUUAGGGAAAAGAAAUGACAAUGAGAUUUCUGCUUAUUCCGUUUUCAAUCCGAAUUGCGAAAGGCUUUUAGGCCAAAUGACUGCGGAACAUUUUGAGCGGGAUCUGCUGAAGAAAAGACGUUAG